GGAGAGGGUGUGUUUUCUUCACACUGCAGCAUCAGCAGUGAAGAGAGGCCACAAUCAAUCUGACACUGAGCUGGAGACACACAACCUUCAGGGACACCGAAAACGCCACACACAACCUGAAGCUCUUUCUGAACUGCAGAGAAAGAUGUUUGCGGUCUGGGCUUUUUUAUUCCCUCUGCAAUAACCCAUUACCUCCAUAAUAUCCUUUGCUUGCUGGAAUAAAGGAGAUUGGGGAAUUGGGAUUGAACUUCCGAGACAUUGUGAUCUUUUGCAUCAGGAGGGUGUGGACCUGAGAGAAACACACAGGAGGAAGACACAGUGCUCUUCUCUGAGUGGAAUAAUCCACGGCUUUCCUGCACCGCUGUGUUUGUGUCUGUCAGCAGGUGCAAUGCCUGCCACGUCACAAAAACAGCAGGUGAGCAGCAGGGGGCGAUGCACGGCUCUCCUGCUUCCUCUCCUUCUGCUAGCAGUGGCUCUAAAACCCGGGAACACCACCAUCAACAUCCCAUCCAGAUACAAAAUAAGAGACUUGAAAAGCCCCCCGGUGAUUACGGCCCAGCCGAAAUCUGUCACCACCUUUUCGGCUGAUGACAUCACGCUCACCUGUGAUGCCACUGGGAAUCCCCCUCCCACGUUCCGCUGGGUGAAAGAUGGUGUGGAGUUUGACCCCUCUAAAGACCCUGACCUCUCUGUAUCCCGAGAUUCUGGCACUUUUUCACUGACAGCCAAAGAUGGACCCAUCCACCAGUACCAGGGCAGAUACAACUGCUAUGCCUCUAACGAGCUCGGCACGGCGGUGUCUAAUGAGGCUCGCAUCGUCACAGAGAACACUCCUACUCUACAGAAGGAAAAGAUCAUUACAAAGAAGGUGGAGGAAGGAGAGAGUGUGGUGCUUCCCUGUAAUCCUCCUAACGGCACUGUAGCUCCGGUCAUCCACUGGAUGGAUAAGAAGCUGCGGCACAUUCAGCAAAAUGAGCGUGUGAUUCAGGGUCGUGACGGGAACCUGUACUUCUCUCAUGCAACUGUGGCAGACAGUAGAGAUGACUACACCUGCAACAUUCAGUUCCCCAGCGCACGCGUCAUCAAGCUCAAGGAGCCAAUCAAACUCACUGUUUCUUCCUCAAACUCAGUGGUGCGGAACAGAAGGCCACAGAUGAUGCGUCCCACUGGCUCCAGCAGCUCCUACCUGGUACUCAGCGGACAAAACCUGGAGCUGGAGUGCAUCGUUCAGGGCCUUCCCUCUCCCAGUAUCCAGUGGAUCAGGAAAGAUGGAGUCCUGUCUGAGUCACGCACUACCAAAGAUAGCAAUGACAGAGUUCUGCGUUUUCAAAAUAUCUCAGAGACUGACGGUGGCGAGUACCAGUGUACGGCAACCAAUCCACAGGGCAUGAGCACUCACACCUACAGAGUCACGGUGGAAGCUGCUCCGUAUUGGAUUAAAGAACCAAAGAGCCAACUGUACGCCCCAGGAGAGACUGUCAAACUGGAAUGUAAGGCUGAUGGCAUUCCCAAACCUGAGGUCACCUGGAGCAUCAAUGGCAUUCUACUUUCUGAUAUUGAUCCAGACCCCCGACGCAGCGUGAAACAUGGCGUUCUCACUCUGAAGAAUGUGGAACUCAGCGACACUGCGGUUUUUCAGUGUAAAGCAGCCAGUAAACAUGGAUCUGUCCUCAUCAAUGCCUAUGUCUAUGUUAUAGAGCUGCCUCCUCAGAUUCUGACAGAAGACGGCCUCAUGUACUCCGUGGCAGAGGGACAGACCACUGAAUUGGCUUGCGAGACCUUUGGAUCUCCUCGGCCCAAUGUCACAUGGGAGGGAGAGUCCUGGGGCGCUCUUGUAGCCAAUCAGAGGAUGAUUCAGUUAUCUGACGGUUCUCUACAGAUCAGUAACGCCUCGCUCAAUGACAGUGGCCAGUACACCUGCACUGUCAACAACAGUAAAAUCACCAUCACCGCUGAGCUUGAUGUACUCAAUAAGACAGUGAUUGUGAAGCCUCCUCUGGCUCUGCGAAUUCAGCGGGGGAAACCGGCAACCCUCACCUGCGAGUACCAGGUGGACUCCAGACAGGACCUCCCUCAAGUCCAGUGGAGGAAGAACACGCAGAAGCUUACAGAGUCCUCGGAUUCAGACAAGUACAUGAUAGAUGAAUCCACCCUCAUAAUACCUGAGGUGGAAGAAGAGGAUGAAGGGACUUAUACAUGUGAAGUCAUUACCACACUGGAUAUGGCUAAAGCUAGUGGCUCCAUCACUAUCGUCGACCGACCAGACCCUCCGAGCCUAAUACAGAUGACCGAACCCAAAGAACGCAGAGUCACUCUCAGCUGGACACCAGGAGCGGAUCACAACAGCCCUGUGCUAGAAUAUUUGAUUGAGUUUGAGGAGACGGGAUCUGACAGAAAGGAAUGGGAAGAGCUCAGCCGUGUGUCCGGCAGCAGUCAGCGAGCUACUCUUCCCCUAAAGCCCUUCAUUUCUUACCGUUUCCGAGUCAUUGCCAUUAAUGAAAUCGGCAAGAGUGACCCCAGCAUGGUUACAGAGGCCUAUUCCACACCAGCUGCUCCUCCAGACAGCAACCCUGAAGGAGUGCGCAGUGAUUCCGACGAGCCAGGCACCCUUGUCAUCACGUGGAAGGAGAUGGACAGGCGUAGCUUCAAUGGCCCAGAUUUCCACUAUAAAGUGAUGUGGAGGAAAGUUUUGGGCAGCGGUCCAUCCUGGCACACCAAAGACAUCACCUCUCCACCCUUCGUUGUCACAGAUGUGGGCAACUUCUCAGCAUUUGACAUUAAAGUGCAAGCGGUUAAUGAGAUGGGAGAAGGUCCGGAGCCCAAAUCAAUUAUUGGAUACUCUGGGGAGGACUACCCUCUUGAGGCUCCUCUGGAUGUGGGAUUGAUUCUGAUCAACAGCACUGCUAUUAAAGUGACAUGGGCGGCCGUGAACAGGGAAACUGUGAGGGGUCGUCUGCAGGGGUACAAGAUUUAUCUGACGUACUUAGGCCCAAAAGGCCAACACCUCAGACGGGAGCCAAAAACCACAUUUGUUGUGACGACAGACAGUAAUGAGGAGAAGAAGGUUUUGGGAGAUCUGCAACCGUUCUCCCAUUACAAUCUGGCUGUAAGUGUCUUCAACUAUAAAGGAGAAGGACCCCAGUCUGAAUCCAUCUUAUUCUUCACUCCAGAAGGAGUUCCGGGUCCUCCAUCAUCUUUGAUGUUGGAUAGCCCAUCAGAAACAGAAAUGACAGUGCACUGGACUCCGCCCAACCAGCCAAAUGGAAACCUGAUUGGAUACAUCUUACAGCAUCAACAACUUGAUAAUGAUGCCAGCCUUAUGCAGGUGGUCAAGAUUAGUGACCCCACUGCUUCCCACUACAAAUUAAAACUGGACCCUCACAGCCGUUACCGCUUCUAUCUGCGAGGAUACACGGCUAUCGGAGAAGGACUGCCCAUCAUCAAGGAUGGAGCCACCACACUGGAUCCAGUUCCGCCCUCCGACAUUAGCAUAUCGACUGGAGAGACAUCAGUCAACCUGACCUGGGUGUCAAAAGAAAGACAGAGGAACGUGGAAUUCUUUAUUCAUUACCUGAGAAAGGAUGGCCCAGACAAAUGGGAGAAAUCUGAAAAGGUGAACAGCACUCAGUCUUUCUACACACUGCAUGGGCUCCAGCCUGGAUCCCAGUACCGGCUGAAGAUCGACUUUAACAACACUAAAUGGGAGCAAGAGAUCCAGACUGCAGGAGCUAGAGUCAUGGAGGUGAAAAGUGGGUUUGUAACCGAGAGCUGGUUUAUUGGACUCAUCAGUGCCCUCGUGCUGUUGCUGUUGGUACUGCUCAUCCUGUGUUUCAUAAAACGAAGCAAAGGUGGAAAAUACUCAGUUAAAGAAAAGGAAGAAGGCCAAAUAGAUUCUGAAGCUCGGCCAAUGAAUAAUGAAGCUUUUGGAGAGUACAGAUCGCUAGAGAGUGACAAUGAGGAGAAGCGUACAGCCAGUCAGCCGUCUCUGUGCGAGGACAGUAAGCUAUGUACCGACGAUGGUCUAGACGACUACGCCAACAGCAACAGCGUGCAGACCGAGGUCAUCAUGGACGAGUCGCUGGCCAGUCAAAGCAGCGGAGUGCGAGAUGUUCCUGAUGCCGAGACUCAGGAAAGUUCCCCUCUAAAUCCUGCCACAGCCAUCUCUCACCAUGGCCUGCCCAACUCCGCCGCCCUCCUUGACUAGCCGGGCGAGCCUGAGACCAAACGUGGAUUCACACAUGUGCCCACCUAUUGCAACCGCUCAUGUCUGACCAAAUCUUCAAAAACCCACAAUAACGAGACCUGCACACACAACAGAUGCCAAGAAAACCUACCAGAUGCACUGCUGGAACUUACUUCAAACGUAAUUGGACCAACACAACACUUUUAAACAUUCGACCGACGUAUAACAAAUAGACUGCCAUGCUCGUUGUUUACAGAUAUUAUCUCAUUUUACAAUAUAAAAUAGGUCGUUUACAGUUAUACAAAUGUAAAAUUAACAUCUCCAGAAGAGACUUCUUUGAUAAUCCAAUGACUACGAGCUCCUGUUGCAGACGCCAAAUCAAACACGGAAUCGGUUUCACCUGUAAGUCAAUAAGAAGCGUGGAAGGGAGGGUGUGAGGGCGAAAAAAGAAGCCGAGGGCCUUCAAAUCCUGACUAUGUGCGUUGUACGAGCAUAUACACAGCAUGAGCUGGUUAUACUGGUUGCAAAAUUUAAUCAACUUAUUGUGUUUUGUGCGUCUCUUC